AUGAAACGUCUCAUCACUGUUUGCUUUAUCUUUUGGACAUGUGUAUAUCCAGCCAUGUCCCGAACCUUGUAUGAAACAUCCGUUGCUAAAAAGCACGAGCAAUGGAUGUUGCAACAUGGACGCUCCUAUGCAAACGAUGCGGAGAAGGAUAAACGCUUCAAGAUUUUUAUGGAGAACUUGGAACGCAUUGAGAAUUUCAACAAUGCUACGAAUAAGAGUUACAAGUUGGGCCUGAAUCAGUUUUCUGAUUUAACUACAGAAGAGUUUAUUGCUUCACAUUCAGCAAAACUUAAGAUUUCAAGCGUACCAUAUUCACCUUCUUCGAUGGCGCCAGUUCCACCCUUAAACACUGAUGAAGUCCCCGAAAGCAUGGACUGGAGAGAGCAUGGAGCCGUCACCGAUAUUAAGGACCAAGGCACAUGUGGAUGCUGCUGGGCAUUUUCCGCUGUGGCAGCUGUAGAAGGUAUUAUCAAAAUAAAAACCGGCAAUUUGAUCUCAUUGUCAGAGCAACAACUUUUGGACUGCGAUUACAAUGAGGAGAACAAAGGCUGCAAUAAAGGUUAUAUGCAAAAUGCCUUCGACUAUAUCAUACAAAACAAGGGUCUUGAUAGUGAAACUAGUUACCCAUACCAAGGAAGUACUUCAACCUGCCAUAUUGCUACUGCAACCGCAGCCCAAAUAAGUGGUUAUGUAAAUGUACCUUCGAACAAUGAAAAGCAACUACUAAUAGCCGUGGCCAAUCAACCAGUGUCAGUAUACUUAGCACUUAGUGAUGACUUUCAUUCAUACCAAGGAGGCAUAUUUACAGGAAGUUGCCCAACCAAGCUCGAGGGUGCAACUGAUAUCCAUGCGGCUACUGUUAUUGGCUAUGGGACGAGCAAAGAUGGCAUUAAGUACUGGUUGAUUAAGAAUUCAUGGGGUAAACUCUGGGGUGAGGGUGGUUACAUGAGGUUGCUUAGGGAUACUGAUCAACCAGGAGGUCUUUGUGGCAUUGCUAUCAAUCCUUGUUAUCCCAAAGUUUAA